GUUGGUAGUUUCCCUGUUGGUAGUUUAAUCUGGUGUUUUCAUCAGUAAUUCUGUAACUAGGAAUGUUUAAAACAGUAAAUUCUAUGGAGUAAAAAGUACAGUAUUCCCUUCUGAAAUGUAGUGGAGUAGAAAGUGAGGUAAAAUCACAAGUAGAAGAGGUCUAAUCAGGCAAUAAGUUAAAGCACCUGUGUGGGUGGACUGCAGAUCUGUGGGGCCUUUAAGUACAGUACCAACACAUUUACUAGCACUCAUAGGGUCCCCUUAAAGCCCCAGGUCCACAGUGUGUGUACUUAAUUGUAAUUAUUCUUUAGUAAUGUAGGAAUAUCCAUUACUGAAGGACACCUGACUCAGUUUUAAGUAAUCUCAGGCGUUAAAUCUAAUUGGCUCUAUGUCAUUAUCAUUACUAUAAUGCUUAUGUUACCAUUCAGCUGCAAAGGACAGGAAAAUAAGUAGGAACUAAGUGUUGAGGAAGUGCAAUAUGCCCACUUCCCAUGUUGUCAACUAUUUAGACAGUCUCAUGCAAGGAAUUAUGAGAUCAUUCACAAGCUGUCAAGCUACAGACAUGGACCAGUUGUUUGUUUGGAUUUCUCUCCUGCUCACAUACAUGCCAGUAACAGAGGGCAUGGAACGAGCCGAGAGCAGCGAGGUGAUCUUGCGGAAAACAGGACAAAACGCUGUUCUCCCAUGUACGGCUAGUACACGGUGUUCGCCCGAAGAUGUGAAUUAUGAGUGGUUUUCUUUCAAACAACACUCCCAUGUUCGUCUAAACCUGACUGAUAUUCAACACAAGUACAGCCUGGAUGGAUCAUCGUUGCACAUUAAGUCACUACAUACUAAUGACAGCGCGAUCUACUACUGUGCUGCGUCGUGUGGAGGACAAGCGCCCGGCAGAGAGCAUGUAGGGUCGGGUACAAUUCUCAGAGUGAGGGAACACGUUAAAAUAAUGGUGAGGCGCAUUCUUCUGUGGUUAUCAUUUGUCCUCUUGGCCAUCUACAGCUCGGUAUUAGUGACGCUUCUUCUAAAGAAGUAUGGCUGCAAGACUGUCUGCAGGAGGAAGCGCAAAACUGUCAAGAAUAACUCAACAAAAAAAACACAAUUCCGUGAUGUGUUGCAAGAACUGUACAGCAGAAGGAACUUGGAGAGAAGCAAACAAACUGCGAACAGAAAGCGAUCUCAAGCUGAGGCUCCUAGCACUGAGUUCAACAGCCAAACUGAUGACGUCUAUCAAAAUGUCUAAGUCCUUACUUCAAGGACAUUAAAUGGCAGAUUCAUACCUCCAUCCUGACUGGGAGGAAAUUCCAAAGCGCUGAAACACCUGCUGGACGGUGCAGUUAUGUGACAGAGGAAAUGAGCAGCCCUAACCAAGCUGCAUGUUGCAGCACAACAAAAGGUCCUGAGUCACUGUUCCUUUUCUUUCAGUUUCAGCAGCAGUAGAGAGACUCUCCUGUGACAUUUGACGUUAAUCUAAACGUUCUGUUGAUUGGAGCAACUUUUUUAUUCUUCAGUGUUCAGAAAUGUAGCCGAGUCACAUGGUCUUCAAUUUCAUUUCCUCCAUAUAUUUACAAUAGUUUGACAGAAGACAGUGAAACAUAGCACUCGUAAUUUACAUUUUCAGUUCACUAAUGAAAGUGGAAAUUGAAGAAGCAAGUAGGCAGCAGGGUUAAUAAAGCUCUUAGAAAACUGCGCCAACUCCAGGUGAUAUUUUAAUAGGAUAUCAGUAUUUUAUUUUUAUUAAUUACUGAGCAACAUUUUUCAUCAGUAUAUAUAUAUAUAUAUAUAUAUCUCAAUCAUUCUGGGCUUAGUUGUUUACAAAUGCACUUUCACUCAAAAACUUUGGAAACCAAACAUUCUGAUUUAAUUUGAAGUUUUUAAUUAUAAACAACGUAAUGACACAAAAAGGCAAAGAUAUUACAUACAGUAUACUACAGUACAUAAGAAAGAUGUUUUUUGGUGUUGGAGUUGCCUUUUCUCUGAAAAAUCAUCAAUUUACAAUAAAAGUACAGUAAGGCAAUUUGUGACCACCUGAUAUGUUUGUGAGGCAUCUUGCUGUGUCUUAUUCUGUGCACCGACUUCCAUAGAUAUUUGUUACUUCUAAGUCAAAGCGGAUGUGCAUUUCUUACAUUGAAAGCUGCGAUAUGAACUUUUGGAGUCAGCUUCUCCAUUACUCUCCACUGUGCUCUGGAGCACGGCUGGAGUUAAAGCCGCAAUUUGUAAUUUUGCCCAUGUUUAUGGCAAAGAUGACGGUAUUUACUGCACUGCAGCCACUUAUUCGUAAUGUCUGAUGUAAAAAUUUGUUUUGUUGUUUGUUGUAAUAUUGUGGUUUGUUAUGUAUGUGAAACAGUAUACCUCUUGGGACACAAGACACAUUUCAGAAGAGCAUUCUGAUAAUAAAGUGAAAUCAAAUCAAAUUAAA